GAUGUAACAAGGCCAGGCUCGCGCCGCGUCCCCUCUUUCCCAGACUCAGUGCUCCCUCCUCCUGCGCCCCGCGCUCUGCGCGCUGAGCUGGCGCCAGGCUCCGCUUGCACAGCACCGGGACCGACGGGCACUGCUGGGAGAACCGCUCUCCCACGUUCCACCUCCUCAAUGCAGAGUCCGUGGGGGAAACCAGGCUUUCCUCCCAGAACCAGGGGAGCGAGCCGAGGGGGCAGCUGCUGUGGAGGCUUCUGAGGAGACAGCCUGGCUUCUUUCCCUACUUCCUGGAGAGGGCAAGAAACCUCAGAAUAGAGGAACGCUGCUCCCUGGUCAGCAAGCAGCCCCCAACCUGGAUGGAGUGAAAGAUGCGGCCUGAUGACAUUAACCCGAGGACUGGGCUGGUGGUGGCCCUGGUCAGUGUCUUCCUAGUCUUCGGUUUCAUGUUCACCGUCUCUGGGAUGAAAGGGGAGACUUUGGGAAACAUCCCCCUCCUGGCCAUCGGGCCAGCCAUCUGCCUACCAGGCAUCGCGGCCAUUGCCCUGGCCAGGAAAACCGAGGGAUGCACCAAGUGGCCAGAGAACGAGCUUCUAUGGGUCCGCAAAUUGCCCUGCUUCCGGAAACCCAAAGACAAGGAGGUGGUGGAGCUGCUCAGGACCCCUUCAGACCUGGAGUCCGGCAAGGGGAGCUCAGAUGAGCUGGCUAAGAAGGCAGGCCUCAGGGGGAAGCCUCCCCCACAAGGCCAGGGUGAGGUGUCCAUGGCCAGCUCCAUCACCACCCCCACACCCACGGAGGAAGGAGAAUGCCAGAGCCUGGUCCAGAGUGGGCAUCAGGAGGAGACGUCCAGAUACCUGGACGGCUACUGCCCCUCGGGCAGUUCCCUCACCUACAGUGCCUUGGACAUCAAGUGCUCAGCAAGGGACAGACCUGAGUGCCCUGAGCCCGAGGACAGCAUCUUCUUUGUGCCCCAGGACAGUAUCAUCGUUUGCUCCUACAAGCAGAACAGCCCCUAUGACAGAUACUGUUGUUAUAUCAAUCAGAUACAAGGCAGGUGGGACCACGAGACCAUCGUCUAA